AUGAAACCUGGCACAGCCCCCGGAUCUGAUUUGAUAUCAGCAGACUUUCUUCGGGUUGGUGGCCAUCCACUUCAUGUAAUCUUAGUAGCGCACAUGACGUCUUGCCUUCAGAAAGAAAGGAACCUAGGCCAGCGAAAGACCUCGCGAACCGUUCUUAUCCACAAGAAAGUUGACCGAGAGGACCUUCGGAACUACCGUCCGAUAUGCUUGCUGAGCGUGUUAUGCAUAGUAUUCACCAAGAUCAUCAUCACGCGUAUAUCUAGGACACUGGAUGAAGCGCAGCAUCAAGAAGAAGCUGAAUUUCGUCAGAGGUUCAGCUGCAUGAAUCUAAUCCAGACCGUGUCGAGGGUCAUAGAGGUUUGCUGGGAUUACAGCCUACCCCUUGUUCUAACCUUCGUCGACUACGAGAAAACCUUCGACAGCGUAGAAACGAAUGCAAUACUGUCAGCGCUGGUCGAUCAAGGUGUGGACGUGUCAUAUGGGAGGACAUCAGCAAAUUGCUACGAUCAAUGCACCACUAAGAUACAGCUUUUCCACCGCCUUCUCACCAUACCCAUCGGAAAGAGGGUACGACAGGGUGAUGCUAUAUCGCCGAAGCUGUUCACGGCUGCAUUGCAAUAA